AAACUUAAAUUAAUAUUUUCAACCCAGUUAUCGUCUCCAUGAUGCUCUUCUUCUCUUCAUCUUCAUCCUCCUUCAAGCCCUGCCACAUCUUUAUCUUAUUCGUCCUCAAUUCUGCACUUACUUGCCUUGAUCCUUUUUUCACGCUUUGAACUUUUUGACUUUCCACAUUUUCCCCUGUUUAAUUUUAACUUUUCGAUCUUUUCUCUCGCAAUUUUUCUUCCACAUGGCGGCCCUUUAUGUUCAUCUUUGUGUUUGAAUCGUUUCCUCAUAUGGGUUGUCUUCAUUUUCUUGAAAUCGGAUGAUUGUUGUCAAAGUUCUGAUAAUUUAAGCUCAGGAUCACGAUUUAGAGACGUUAAUUUGAAAAGGCAGAGGCUAUGUUGAAAUGUUGAGGAUAUAGUUGGUGUUUUUGAAUUGUUUCCAAUGGCUAACGUGAAACCUGCAACUACUAAGACUUCAGGAAAUGCCAAUCUGUAUGCUAUCAAUUUGGACAACUUCAGUAAGCGGCUCAAGAUGUUGUAUUCACACUGGAAUCAAUAUAACUCCGAUGUGUGGGGUGAUUGUAGUGCUAUUGCUAUAGCAACUCCUCCGGUUUCAGAGGAUCUGCGGUAUUUGAAAUCCUCAGCAUUGAAUAUUUGGCUGGUUGGUUAUGAAUUCCCGGAGACGAUUAUGGUUUUCCUGAAGAAGCAGAUUCAUCUCUUGUGUAGCCAGAAAAAGGCUUCUUUGCUUGACGUUGUUAAGAAGUCUGCUAAAGAGGCUGUGGGUGUUGAAGUAGUAAUGCAUGUGAAGGCAAAAAAUGAUGAUGGAACUGGUUUGAUGGACAAAAUUGUUAGUGCUAUUAAUGAUCAUCCGAAAUCUAGUGGUCGUGAUGCUCCUGUUGUGGGACACAUUUCAAGAGAGGCUCCUGAAGGGAAGCUUUUGGAGUCUUGGAAUGAAAAAUUGAAGAAUGCGAAUUUUGAAUUUUUUGAUGUAGCAAAUGCAUUUGCUGACAUUUUUGCUGUAAAAGAUGAUACUGAGCUUACAAAUAUCAAGAAAGCUGCUUUUUUGAGUUCAUCUGUGAUGAAGCAAUUUGUGGUCCCGAAGCUUGAAAAGGUCAUUGAUGAGGAGAAGAAAAUAUCCCAUUCAACAUUAAUGGAUGACACAGAGAAGGCCAUUUUGGAACCUUCGAGAAUUAAGGUCAAGUUGAAGGCCGAGAAUGUUGAUAUUUGCUACCCUCCAAUUUUUCAGAGCGGAGGAGAGUUUGACCUGAAACCAAGUGCAUCGAGCAAUGAUGAGAACCUAUACUAUGACUCUACUAGUGUGAUUAUAUGUGCAAUUGGAUCACGAUACAACAGCUACUGCUCUAAUGUUGCUCGAACUUUUCUGAUUGAUGCCAAUGCCAUGCAGAUCAAGGCUUAUGAGGUCCUCCUUAAGGCCCAUGAAGCAGCAAUUGGUGCUUUAAAAUCUGGGAACAAGGUCAGUGCUGUAUAUUCGGCAGCAGUUUCAGUAGUUGAGAAGGAUGCUCCUGAAUUGGCUGCAAACUUGACAAGAACUGCAGGAACUGGAAUUGGACUUGAGUUUCGUGAAUCGGGGCUUAGCCUUAAUGCCAGGAAUGACAGGGUUUUGAAACAGGGAAUGGUUUUCAAUGUUUUACUAGGUUUUCAAAACUUGCAGACAGAGACCAAGAACCCAAAGACACGGAAAUUUUCAGUUUUGCUUGCAGAUACUGUUAUCAUUGGUGAAAAGGCACCAGAUGUUAUCACUUCUAAAAGUUCAAAAGCUGUGAAGGACGUCGCAUACUCAUUCAAUGAGGAUGAUGAAGAAGAAGAACGACCAAAAGUCAAAACUGAGGAUAAAGGUGGUGAGCCCAUUUUGUCUAAGGCAACUCUUAGGUCAGACAAUCAGGAAAUGUCAAAGGAAGAGCUUCGAAGGCAGCACCAGGCUGAACUUGCCCGACAGAAAAAUGAAGAAACUGCUAGGAGGCUUGCUGGUGGUGGUUCUGGGGCAUCAGAUAAUCGCGGUGCUGUGAAAACUAUUGGUGAUUUGGUUGCAUAUAAGAAUGUAACUGAUCUGCCCCCUCCAAGAGAUUUAAUGAUCCAAGUUGACCAGAGGAAUGAAGCAAUCCUUUUGCCAAUUUAUGGCAGCAUGGUUCCUUUCCAUGUGGCCACUGUAAAGAGUGUGUCCAGCCAACAGGACAGUAACCGAUCUUGCUACAUCCGUAUAAUUUUUAAUGUGCCUGGUACUCCUUUUAGUCCUCAUGACUCAAACACUUUGAAGUUUCAGGGAUCAAUUUAUUUGAAGGAAAUUUCAUUUCGUUCCAAGGACUCGAGGCAUAUAAGUGAGGUGGUACAGCAGAUUAAGACACUCCGGAGACAGGUCACUUCCAGGGAGUCUGAAAGAGCUGAGAGGGCAACUUUAGUUACUCAGGAAAAGCUUCAACUUGCAUCAGCCAAAUUCAAGCCAAUAAAAUUGUAUGAUUUAUGGAUUCGUCCACCUUUUGGUGGUAGGGGAAGAAAGUUAACAGGUUCCCUAGAAGCACACACAAAUGGAUUUCGAUAUUCAACCUCAAGGCCUGAUGAGCGUGUUGAUGUAAUGUUUGGUAACAUCAAGCAUGCAUUCUUCCAGCCAGCAGAGAGGGAAAUGAUCACACUCCUUCACUUUCAUUUGCAUAACCACAUAAUGGUGGGAAACAAAAAAACCAAGGAUGUGCAAUUUUAUAUUGAGGUAAUGGAUGUAGUUCAGACUGUGGGAGGUGGAAAGAGAUCAGCCUAUGACCCUGAUGAGAUUGAAGAAGAACAGCGUGAGAAAGACCGGAAGAAUAAAAUUAACAUGGACUUCCAGAACUUUGUGAACCGGGUGAAUGAUAUGUGGGGUCAACCUCAAUUUAAAGCAUUUGACCUAGAGUUUGAUCAGCCUUUGAGAGAGCUUGGCUUCCAUGGGGUUCCCCACAAAGCGUCGGCUUUCAUUGUCCCAACAUCAACCUGCCUUGUUGAGCUGAUAGAAACGCCUUUUGUGGUGAUCACCCUAAGUGAGAUUGAGAUAGUGAACCUGGAGAGAGUUGGUCUUGGACAGAAGAAUUUUGAUAUGACUAUAGUGUUUAAGGACUUCAAGCGUGAUGUACUUCGGAUUGAUUCUAUUCCCUCCUCAUCAUUAGAUGGCAUCAAGGAGUGGCUUGACACUACAGACCUCAAGUAUUAUGAGAGCAGAUUAAAUCUAAACUGGCGGCCUAUACUGAAAACAAUAACUGAUGACCCAGAAAAAUUCAUUGAGGAUGGAGGAUGGGAAUUUCUAAACAUGGAAGCCAGUGACUCAGAAUCUGAGAACUCACAAGAGUCAGAUCAAGGGUAUGAGCCUUCAGAUGUGCAGUCUGACUCUGGAUCAGACGAUGAGAAUGAUGACAGCGAGUCAUUGGUGGAGUCAGAGGAUGAUGAGGAAGAGGAUUCUGAAGAAGACUCAGAGGAGGACAAGGGAAAAACAUGGGAAGAACUGGAGAGGGAAGCAACCUAUGCUGACCGGGAAAAAGGGGAUGACUCAGACAGUGAGGAAGAGCGAAAGCGGAGAAAGAUGAAGGCUUUUGGGAAAGCUCGUGCACCUGACAGGAGAAAUCCUGUUGGCAGUGUCCCUAAGAGAACAAAAUUGAGGUGACAGGUGAAAACCAGCGUAGCAACAGCUUCAGUUGCAGAAAUUUAAAACUUUAAAAGACUAAUCUUUUGAGAAGUAAGUUUUGAAUUUUGAUAGGCUUGUGUUGCAUCUCUGUAUUCUAUGCGUGGUAAACAAUCUUUGUUAAGUUAAAAACUCCUACUCUGAAAAAUAACAAAAUUAUGUAAA